AUGAGGAUGAAGAGGACACGGGGUUAUGGGGAGGAGGGAGAGGACGGGAGUGAAGGGGUGAUGGGGAGGAUGAGGAUAAAGGGGAUGCUGAGGGAUGAAGAGGAGGAUGGAGGUGACAGGGAUGAAGGUGAUAAAAGGGAUGAUGGGAAGGAUGGGUUAUGGGAUGAGGAUGAUGAGGAUGGAGAGAGGGAUAAGGGUGAUGGGGACAUCAAUGCCAACGCCGUGCCCACCAUUCAGAUGCCAACAGAGGGUUUGCUUCCAGCCAGAGCCGCACACCGGGGUGCCCCCUGUUCGGUGUCACACCUGGGGACACCGGGGGUCUCGCUGGCGGUGGCAGGGGGGGGUUUGUACCGGGGCGGCCACGCGGGGACUCGUCAAGGACAAACGGCGCACAAGCUGCUGCCGCCCGUGCCCGCAGGCGCGGGGCCGCCGUGCCAGCCCAGCCGUGGCCAUUACGGCUCCGUGCGCCAGCUGCGGCCGCCCGAUCCCCCCGUCCCCGGGGACGGCAGGGGGGCUUGGGCACCGUGCCACCGCCCGGGCACCGGGGCAGAGCUGCGGAAGGGAGAGCAGGGCCCCCUCCUCACGCCCUCCACCUCCCACCACCCCCGUACCCAGUGUGGGGAUGUGGGACAGGGCUCAGUGGGGCAGGGAGUAAAUGCGGGAGGAAAACACGACCCCCACGGGGCAGCGACUGGCGGGGACACGACGGGGCAGACACAGGUGGGCACACUGCCCGGCCGGGCCAAGGCCCUCCCGGCCCCGCAGCCCUCGGGGCUCCGGGCGGAGCUGCCGGCGGUGCCGCAUUCCGGAGAAGCCGCCUCCGCCGGCGGCCGGUGCCAGCAGGCGCUGGCAGGUUCGGAGCUUCGCAGCGAUUCCAGGCACAGAUGUCCUUGUUUUAACUCCUCUGCGAUGGAGCCUGGCAGACCGGGCGGGGGAGGGGGCGGCUCUGCAGCCCCCGGGGCGGCGGGGAUCGUUGCCAGCCCGGCCCGCCCCGGCCGCGGCUCCGGGGACCGCCGGGACCCCCCGCUCCCCCACGGGGCUCCUAUGGGGGCGUCCUGGGCUCCCCAUGGCACAAAAACGGGGACAGCCCCACACAUGGUGGCCCCCACAUCCCUCCCUGUCCCCCACAUCCCUCCCGACCCCCGGGCAGCCCCCGGCCCCCGGAGCGGGGCCGCCUCCGCAGCGCGGCGAGCGCCGGGCGCCGGGAGCCUCCGGUUUUUUAUGCCGAGCUGCGUCCGGCCGAGCCGCCUCCGCGAGGUUCCCUCGGUGCUGGCCGAGCUCCGCUGCCCCCGCUGCGGCCGUGCGGGGUCCUGGCAGCUCCCCAGACCCCCCAACCCACCCGAGCUGAAUUUGGUCACACGAGACACUUCCAGAACCCGGCGGUUCCCGGCCUCCCGCUUCCCUCCCCGAGAGCCGGGAGGAAGGGCUGGGCACCGCAGCGGGCACCGGAGCUGUGAGCCGGGCCGGGCACCGCAGCCUAAACCGAGGCUGUGUUUCGGAGCCGGGCACCAGGACCGGGCACCGAAACCUUGUACCGAGGAGGGGCAGCGGAGCUUUGCAACGAAACCGUUCACGGGAACCGUGCAGCAAAACCUUGCAGCGGAGCUUUGCACCGGAGCUGCUCUCCGGAGCUUCGCACCGGGGCCGUGCAGCGAGUGCGGGGCCGCAUUGCGGGGCCGGGCCUUGCCGGAGCAGCCGGCCGCGUUCCCGCAUCUUCGCCGGGGCCUGGCGGGCACCGGGGAAACAAAAAUCCCGAAAAUUGAACGUAAACCGCGGCUCCGCCAGCGGGACCGGCACCCCCUGGCAUCGCCGGCCCCGGGAGCAGAUGUCGGCGGCCCCCCCGCAGCCCCCGGCCCCCGCGUCCCCCUCCUCCCCCGCGGGGCCACCCGCCCUUGGCCGCCGCUGCUCCGGGCCGCGGCCCCGGUGCCGCCGGUUGCGGGUGGCGGCAUCGCCAGCCUCGGCCCCACGGAGCCUCCGUCCUGCCCCACCGGUUGUUCCCGGCUCUUCCCGGGGGUUUUUCCCCAGAGAAACGAGUCCCGGGAGGAUGUUGCGGCCAGAGCCGUCGGAAGAGGAUCCGCUGUUUUGCGGAGAGCGGCGAGUGCCGGGCCGGACCGGGGGGUCCGGGGCCGCUGCAGCGGCUCGUGGGGCCGUGGCGGAUCAGCUCCCAGCCCGGGCCCGGCUCCUCGCCGCCGGUGGCUCUGGGACGGGGCUCAGCACGUCGGGGCUGCACUAAAUCCGGCCCCAGUUUGCCCGACUCUAAACCGGCCCGGUUUAUCCCCAAAAGCCGCAGGGCUGCGGGGCGCGGAGAUCGGACGCCGCUCCGGGGAGAAAACCGGUGGCUCUGUUCCCGCAGCCCCUGUGCGGCCCCGGCGCACGAUGGUCCCGCGGGGAACCGACGAUGACCGGGAGCCCAGUGCCCGGCCCUGCCCGGUGCCCGGCCCUGCCCGGUGCCGGCGGCCAUCGGAUGGCGAUGAGCUCCGGUGCACCGCCGCAGCGGACAGCUCCGGGCACGGGCACCGGGCAGCGGCACCGGGUACCGAGAGCGGCACCGGGCUCGGGUACCGGCACCGCAUCGGGGGUCCCGCGGCUGCCAUGGGGACCGGUUCCCUGAACCGGCGCCGGAGCUUGCGGGGCUCCAACGAGCGCCAGCGCCGGGAACCGGCACAAACAUCGCCACUGGCACCGGCACUGGCACCGGGCACCGAGCCGAGGCUCCAAGGGGAAGCAGCACCGGGAACCGGCACCAGCUCCGGGCACCGCGCCUGGAACCGACCGAGGAGCCCGGCCUUGGCCACCGCCACCGCGUACCCUUCCCGAGGCACCGGCGGGGCGGCCCGGUGCCAGCGGCGGGCACCGAGCUCCCGGGGGAUCGCAGCGGUGUCACCGCCGCUGGACCGAGCCGGGCCGCCGCUCCGGAUCCCGGUGCCUUUAUUGGUGAGGGGGGGACACCGCCUCCCCGGUCCCGGGGGGGACACCCGUGGGGCAGAGCCGCGUUAUAUCAGCGCCGCCGCCCCGCGGGCCGCGCAUUCGGGCGGCGGGAGCGGCGGUGGCACCGCCGGGGGCGGGCAGGGCGAGGGGGGGGUUCGGCCCGGUGCCCCCGGUGCCCCCGGGGCGGAAGGAAAGCGGCGAAGGCGGCGGAGUCAACAUUGA